UCACGAAUACUGCAGGGACAACGUGAGGUGGGCAGGUUUCAGUUGGGAGGGCUGGGAUCUCUUUUUGCCCCUCUUCGGCCGGGGCAGGGUAGCGUCGACAUCGGGGACGAGAAGAGGCCGCGGUGCUCCGAGGACCUGCCCCUGCAGAGUGUUACCCGCAGGCUGAGCCGGAGAGGGGGUCCGUCACCUCCCGAGAGUGAGACCCAGGGCCCCCGUCUCGCCCCCGGGUGGCUUUCAUCCCCGCCAUGGCCGAGCUGAUCCAGAAGAAGCUGCAGGGAGAAGUGGAAAAAUAUCAACAGCUCCAGAAGGACUUGAGUAAAUCCAUGUCAGGGAGGCAAAAGCUUGAAGCACAACUAACCGAAAAUAAUAUCGUGAAGGAGGAACUGGCCCUACUCGAUGGGUCCAACGUGGUCUUUAAACUUCUGGGUCCGGUGCUGGUUAAACAGGAGCUGGGAGAGGCCCGGGCCACGGUGGGCAAGCGGCUGGACUAUAUCACCGCUGAAAUAAAGCGAUACGAAUCCCAGCUCCGGGACCUGGAGCGCCAGUCAGAGCAACAGAGGGAGACACUUGCUCAGCUGCAGCAGGAGUUCCAGAGGGCUCAGGCAGCAAAGGCAGGCACUUCUGGGAAGGCCUGACCUUGUAGUUUGGGGGUGGGGGUGGGGCGGUGCUAGGGUCUAUACUGUAGUUAAUAAAAUGUAGAAACACUCGCA